AUGUGGAGUGGACUGUUACCUCCAGGGCUGAAUGAGAGUGAUGUUGACUUAAGUUCUGAUGAUGAAGACCAAUCACAUGGUUCCUUGUCAAAGGAAGGUGCGAAAGGAGAUGGUGAAAGCGUUCAGCUUUCUGGAUUGCAAGAGAAUGGACCUGACAGUAAUGCCAUCAGUGGAGCUGUUGUGAUACCAGUGGCAGAUGGAGAAGACGAAUCUGAAACGUGCCCUGCUGGAGUUUCUUUAAAUAUAUGGAAUAAAUUUUUGGAGCUUCAAAAGAAAAACCGUGAAAUGAGAACCCAAGCAAAAGAGGGAAACAGAGGUCGGAAGAGAAGGCGCCACAGAAAAGAAAAACAGAAAAAGAAUGAUGAAGUGACUAAGAGCAGUCAACAGUUGGCAAAUGAAGACAAAUGGAAAGAACUUACACAGUACUUUGGAAUCAAUGACAGAUUUGAAUCACCUUUGGAUAGCAAGGCUCCCCAAAAGUCUGGCCUUGAACUUAGCAUAGAGAAGUCUGUGGCUGAAGGUGACAUUGAUAAGGCUGAGGAGCUGAGUGAUAGAUUAGCCAUCCGGGAGCUUGGUGUGAAAAUUGCCAAAGCUGCCGCUUGCCGCAACUUUGUAAAAGCCAAGCAAGACGCGGAGGCUGCCCAAGAAGCUCGAAAGAAAAAGAAGCUUGCUUGGGGAUUUGAAGCCAAGAAAAGAUGGGAAACAAAAAGCAACAUGGGAUACAUGUAA